AAGUCUAGGAGUGGCCAACAGAUGCACUAUGGACAGAGAGGGUGUGGCCAUAGUUACUGCUCCUGAGUUUCACCUGAGGACAAAAUAAGCCUGCUACACCUGUACUGUCACAGCCUCGAAGGACAUACUUUUGUUGUGGAUUGUGUCUUCACUUUAAGGUUGAAAAUGGAGCCAGCGUUCAUGAGCGUGAGGCUAAAGGUGGCUGUGCUGUUUCUGAUAACAAUUCAACUAAGAACAGAGGCGAUGCAGAUAACAUCCACGGGGCCGCAGACCAUUCAGUAUGCGACGGGAACGACUGUCAAACUGGAAUGCACCUAUACUCCAGCCACAGCAGACACAGGACCGCUGGAUAUUGAGUGGUCCAACGUCAGUCCGGACAUGACACAGAAAGACAAAGUGAUCUUAUCAUAUACAGGCGGCCAGACCUACUACCCGGACCCCAACCUCAACAAAAGGCUCAGUUUCACAGGGAACCCCGACCAGGGAGACGCUUCGAUCUCUAUCACUGAUGUGAGAGUCUCAGACACGGCCACAUACCAGUGCAAAGUCAAGAAGAUCCCAGGCAUCGACAUGAGAAAAAUAACUCUGGUGGUGUUGGUUCCCCCAUCGACGCCAAAGUGUUGGGUUGAAGGUGGUGAGGAGAAAGGAAGCACAGUCUCCCUCCGCUGCGUAUCCCGUCAGGGAUCCACUCCCAUCAACUACGUGUGGACGAGAGAAAGCGGAGUUGCAAUGGCAUCCACUGCUACUCAAAACCAACAGAGUGGGGAGCUUCUGAUAAAGAACCAUACAGACAGCAACACUGGAACUUAUGUCUGCGAGGCAGCAAACGCUGUGGGCAAAGCACAGUGUAAAUACGUACUGCGUGCAUACAACCCUACCAAUAAAGCAGGUGUGAUAGCCGGCGCGGUGAUAGGUGCUCUGCUGCUGCUGCUGCUCCUCCUGCUUCUCAUCUGGCUCCUCUUCUGCUGCUGCCACAAGCGUCGCUACCAGAAGGAGGUCGCGAAUGAAAUAAGGGAGGACGUGCAGGCCCCAGAGAGCAGGCCCCCCAGCAGGAACUCCAGCAUGCACUCCAGCAGGAACUCCAGCAUGCACUCCAGCAUGCACUCCAGCCUCCGCUCGGUGAUGGGAUACCGCACUCACCACGGCGUCAUCUACAAUUCCGUGAGGGGCAAUCUGCCCACAGUCAACGAAUCGGGUCCAAUCUUCACAAAUGGAAGCAAUGGAUCAACCACAGGAGGGGAGAAACCUGCUCAUCUCACAUAUGACCCUAAAUAUGGAUACGCCGUGUGACCGCAAGCCUGAAGCCUAACAGGCUCUUAUUUUUAUUUUUAGUGCUAAACUACACUUUAUGAUACAAAAGACUCAACACCUUUUAAAUGAUGUUCUGAGUUUGAAGUAUAUAAGGGCCAAGAGGUGCAAUAAUAUAUACAUGUUUUUUUAAACCAGGGAACAAUGGGAGUGUUUGCAUAGCUACUGACUCGUAAAAUCCUACCCUCAUGUGACAUAUUCUAUGUAUCAGGUGACUUUCAUGAAGCACUUUAGCACAUCACUGCUAUUGUAAAACAAACAAAAGAAGAACAGGUUUUCAUAAUCACAAAUAAGAUUUGCUUUCUUAGUUUUUUUUAAUUUGUAAAACUAUGUAAAAUGUAUAUAGCAAAGCAAUUAUUUUUUAUUAUGGUGCUUUUUUUCCUUGUUAUUUUUUUCUAUUUUGUACAGUUAAACAUUUUAAUUGGCAAGUCAAGGCGAACAAUAAAUGUAAAUGGCAUUCGGGUGUUUGUGUUGUCGGUCCACAUGGGUCACGUGUGUACAAAUGUAACUUAAUUAGAGAGAUUAAUGAAUGAAGAGUCCAUUAAAAUAAAUAUCUAGUGCAAA